AUGGACAACCUGGAGGUGCUGGAAGCGCCUGGAGCUCCUGGUCCCAAAGGGCCUUCCGGAUCACCAGGUCAAGCUGGAGCUGACGGUAAUCCUGGAGCGCCUGGCCCAGCAGGAAAAGCAGGUUCACAAGGAGAGAAAGGUAUCUGUCCUAAAUACUGCGCCAUCGAUGGAGGAGUUUUCUUCGAAGAUGGAACUCGACGUUAG